GUGCUAGAGACAGCACUUAGAAGGACGCCGGCCAGCAACCGAGUAGCUAGUGCGCUUCGCCGUGUGACAUUUGCAUCAGACUCGACAAACAUGGAAACAUCCGGCUUCCACAUUUGACCCCUUGAUAAGAAUUCGAAAUGUUGGUAUCUUUUAUCUUAAACUCUCUUUAAUAAGUGCUGUGGAUUUAACCUACGGAAUUACGUGCACCCUUAUCAGCUUACUAGCCGAAGGAACAGUUGUGAUUGGUUGUUGUAGGUGGGUGGAGGGAGUUUAAGUUCUCGGAUUCGUUCAGUGUUUGUGAUACUCCCCUCACUGGUGACUUCGCUGUUAAUCAAAUGUGUACUGAAAGUUAGUCAACAGGUGCCUGUCGUGGUUGGUGGUGGUGUAGGUUAUCAGCGAGUGAAAUUUCUCGAAAUAUUCUCUCAUGUUAUACACAGUGCACCAGGAAGUGUUUCAGUGUACUUCGAAUAUCGAAAUCGGCUUGCAGACGUUUUGUUUUCCACCUCUAGUGUCCGUAUUGUAAUAGGAAGAUAUUACAGUUUCCUCUCGCUUCACUGCGAUUCGCCAGCCCCUCCUUAAGUAUCUCUUUUCGUACCGGAAAAGGAAACGGACAAUUCCCCUCCCCCCUUCCAGACUUGUUUAUAACUCGCUUCUGUUAUUCUGUUCCUCUAAGCGAACUGAUUUAUGUUACGGAUUGAAAGAAGUUCCUAUUGAUAUUUAAAUUGAAUUAAUUAAUUACGUAAUAUCACAAGCGUGUGUUAAGAACAUGCAAGUGAAUGGUACAGUUAUUUCAGCGACGUGAAACAUUUAAUUGUAUAAUCGACUUGAUGUGUGUGUGUUGAGGAAAACGGAAUAUAAAAGUUAUCACAAUUGUGCUUUCACGUUAAAAGAACGUGAUCACUUGACAAUAUAGUGCCAAUUGACUUAAUAAAGGGAGAAUUAUAUACUGACAUACAUUUAAUAAGAACACAGUACGAUAUCGUUUAUUAAUUUAAACGUGUGUGUGUGUGUGUUCUGAAAUUUAAAAUGGAGACAUUUUCCGUGGACAGAACGUUUUAUGAUAUUGGCACAACUGACCUAAAGGAGUUAUGGGAUUCAGAUCUGGAUCCGGCCAUCACAGAGGCUUUCAAGAUGGCAGCAGAUCCAGACCUGGAGUGGACGGCUACCAUCUUGGACGUCAAGCCGCAGGUGAUCCUCCACGACCGCCUCAUGACGGACGCUGCUUUGGGCACAGCACCCAUCAAGACAGAGCAUUCUUACAGUCUCACGUCAGACGGAGACUCAAUUCCAGACUCGCCACUCAGUCUCGAUAACAAGAUGGACGAUAUGGAUAAUGAGUGCUUUCCAUGCAUUCCGCUCAGCACCGCGACCAGACAUUCCAGAGAAUCCGAUUCUCCAGUUAUAGUAAAGGAGGAGCCGAUGAGUGAACCUGGAUCUCCAGAUUCAUGUCCGAUGUCCCCUUCGUCACCACCGUCUCUAAUGCAAACGGAUGUCACAAUGGAUCAGCCCAAGACCGGAAGUCAGCAGAGUUUAUUAAAGCAAUCAACAAUUUUGCUUACGACACGGGGCAACCUGUUUGCUCAACAGAACAGAGUCGUCAUACCAAAGCUAAACAUCAAGUUGGAACCAAAUGGAACCGCAGGUUUCUCUCUGCCUCCGACGCCACCGUCAUCAACAACAAGUGACAGUGAAGGGAACCUUUCUCCAGACCAUAAUCCUUCUUCACCGAGCAGACACGUGCGACAACAACAUCAGCAAAAUGGCACAACAAGGCUGUUUGUACCCUCCAACAAUUCAACACCAUCGGCGUCUAGCAGGCAGCCAAUACAGACACCACUCAUUAGCAAUCAACCAAAAGGAUCAACAGGAAUGCUGUUGCUGACUGAAGAAGAAAAAAGAACACUACUCGCUGAAGGUUACCCCAUUCCUACGAGAUUGCCUCUCACGAAAUCUGAAGAAAAAUCUUUAAAGAAAAUCAGGAGAAAAAUAAAGAAUAAAAUUUCAGCUCAAGAGAGCAGAAGGAAGAAGAAAGAGUACAUGGACGCGCUGGAAAGGAAAGUCGAGGUGUUGACGGGUGAAAACACGGAUUACAAGAAAAAGAUCGAGAGCUUGGAGGAGAAUAAUGCGUCCCUGCUGAGUCAACUACAGAAGCUACAGGCGCUUGUAGCGAGGAGUUCUACUGUCAGUACAACAGGCACGACCAGUCGCAUUGUCAGGCACACGGACACCGCGACUUUCACCACGUCUCACGUGAACCAACACGUUACUCGGAGUUCCAUAAAAUAGAUGCCGCUUCUCAAGAAUCAUUCAGGCAGUUUCCACUGUAAAUAUUGGUGCAGGGGUACUGGUCUGCCGUCUUUUUAAGGAACUCGUUUCCGUCUUCAUCAAUAUUAUGUGCUCACUGCUAGUCUUCCGUCCUCCUACGUUGGUUGAACAAAGAUUGGUGCAGCAAGAAUUAGUCGAGCUAAAACGAAGAGAAACAAAUGUUAUUUCUACAGGGUGUGUUCUAAAUACCACGUUUCAAGAUAGUAAACUCCUACAGGUCUUUUAAGAAAUAUAUAUUUUUGUAAUAGGGAAGGCACGUAUGAGGAAAAUACAGAAAAUUAACAGUAACUUGUUCUGUAGCUUCCAAAAGAUGAGUGCCGCGAGUAAAAACAUAUUAAUGGCUUCUUUAGCAUAUAAUAUGUGGGUUAUGCUAGAAAGACUUGAUAAAAUUGAUGAUAAAGAAAACAAUAUAAAAAUACAAAGUGUCCUUUUCAGCAUUUCUACGCGCGCGCGCGUGACGUCGCAUUUCAGUAUCUUUCUCUCGUAUAAAAAAAACUGUCGGCAUUUAAUAAAUCACUGGUUAUCCCUGUAUUAUUCUCAGGGCUUUGCUUUAAAUCACCAUUGUCAAUUUUCAUUUUUUUUCUACUAGUUGCCAUGCCAUGAUUUUUGUCUACGUCUGAAUGACAGGUCUUUCUACACGAGACGCCGACACUUUUGUGCGCGGACACGUUAUGAAGAGAUCGGACAUUUCUUACAGAUCAUGUAAAGAUACGUCCAUAUACAAGUUCUAAGACUGGUAACGCUAUUGCACAUAAAGCAAUGUAAGUUAAUGUUAAACAUUUAUUCCAUCCAUUUUUCAUUACUUACGUCAGUGUAGUAAGUUCGUUAGGUUCGUUACCAUCGUUGCUCAAGAGUGAGUUAGUCUAGUUCUGGUACAGAGAAGUACUUUGCUUCAAAGAGAAUUAAUAUAAAUAUCAGGAAUAAAGCGUGACCUCUUUCAUCAACAUAUUCAUAAUUCAGUAACAUUCCAUCAUAAAAUUAAAUCCGUGGCGUAACAGCUCCAGAGAGCCAAAGCCAACUAGCUUGACUGCCGGCCUCACGUU